AUGCGCAGCACCGUCCGGGACAGCGACGCAGGCUCUGGCCUCCUAUCAAUGAGCGCGCUGUGCUGGGUGGUGAACAGGAUGGAUCGCCUGACCGGCGACGACCGUCGCAGUGCGACCAGCAUGGACAAGGUCCUCGUUUCAGGGUUGAAGGAGCUGCGGAUUCGGAUGAUCACAUACAUCAAGGAACACGUCGCACGCAAACGGUCAGGCCAUGUCGGAGUUGCUGCCGAUGCCUGUGACGACGACGCCGCGGAGUCCCCUUCGGCAUCCCAAACAGUCGGUGUCGCCGACACCAGCGGAGAGGCCGGAGACGGCGUCGACAAGGCAGAUGAAGAGGCAGAAAGGGCUGUGGCGAGGACCGCAAAUCAGGAAGAGGAGGAGGAUGACACCGACGAUCAGGAUGAUAACGAGGAGGAUCGUGAGGAGCGUGAGCAGGGGCAUGGGCAGGAGGAGGAGGAGGAGGAGGAGGAGGAGGAGGAGGAGGAGGAGGAGGAGGAGGAGGAGGAGGAGGAGGAGGAGGAAGAGGAGGAGGAUGAGGAGGAGGAGGACAAGGAGGCGGCGGCGGCGGAGGCCGUGGAGCAGGGUUUCGGGUCGGUGGAGCAGGUGGCGGAGGGGGAGAAGCAGCAAGAGGGGGAGGAGGAGGUAGAGUUCCCCUGGGUCGAAUUCGAGAUGGAGGAUGUUGAGGGAGCGGCUGCGGUGGCCGUGGAGGGAGCGGCGGCAGCCGUGGAGGGAACGGGUGGGAUGUCGGCGGAUGUUGUGUACGUGCGAGGGGAGGGUGCCGAUGUGGAGAAUGUCGGCGUGGAGGAGGCGCACGUGGUCGGCAAUGUGGUUGGCGAUGCAAAGGAGGAGGAUAACGCCGCCGCCCUGACGCCGACAGGCGUGGAGACCACCACAGGGAACGCAGGGGUGGAACGCCGGGGUGGAGCGGUAGAGGCGGGCCGUCAACCGGGAUCCUCAGCAGCUGGUCGGCAGGCAACACCGACCGUCGUCGCGCAGCUGCGACAGGAGAACAUGUGGUUGAGGGCUGAAAAUGCUCGUCUCGAGAUGGCGCUAAGAGUGGAGAGGGGUCGGGAGGACAGGUUUGCGAUGGGGAUUGGCCGCCUCGUGGACAAGCUCAGGUCGUUGGCCGACCAGGUCGCUGCCUCCGACCAGGACGCGUCGAGUCGGCUGAUGGACGCGUCCUUGACCAUGGCGAUGACCGUGACGGAGAACAUCACCGCCAACAUGGGUGAAACAUGGGAUGCGAUGAAGGCGUACGCCGAGAGGGCGGAGAGCUGGUUGGACGAUCUAGAGAAUCCGGAGGGGUUUAUGGCGGUGCAACGUGCGAACGCGGUCGUCGCCAUGGGCAACCACGUGGACGAAGCGAGGAACGGAUUGGAGGAAUACAUAUCGAAGCACCUAGUCGCCGCGCAAACCAACAUCGCCGCCGCGGUAACUCAACGCGUCGCCGUCCCGCCGCCCACGCCGCCCGCCCCACCGCCAGCCUUCCCGGACGAGCUGAUGAAGUCUUUCAAGGCAGACGUGUUGAAGGCGGUGACUGAGGCCACCCAGCAGUCGUUUGUUGCGUCCGGGUUAAACCUCAUGACCCAGGUGAUCGGCCAUCUGGCGCCUGGUCGGCAUGGGUCGUCACCGUUGGACAACGAGGCCGACACGAAGGGUGCGAAAAGGGCGGGCGGCGGAGAUGAUGCAUUGAGCUCGAAGCGGAGCAAGGGAGCUGAUGGGAGCCGCGGCGUCGACCAGGUGGGUCCAGGCGGCUCGCGGAGCAAGGGAGCCGAUGGGAGCGGAGGUACGAGCAUGGUCGACCAGCUCAAGAAGAACGGGGCCAAGGUGAUAAGGAUGCACAGCAAGGGCGAUGGAAUCAGGAGUGCAGAGGGGGGCCCUGCCGACCAGGUUGUCGCUCAAGAGGCUGGACCAACAGCCCCGCCAUUGGUCGCCGAGAAGACGGCUAGUCUAGUGACCGCGCCAACGGCGAUAGAUGGCGGCGCCAAAACCGUCAAGGGACCGUUCGGCGGAGUGGCGGGGACCACGUCGAUCCCCAGCAAACCCCCUGCGGCUAGCAGCGCGCCGGUCGCCCCGUCAGCCGCCAACAACGAUGGGCCGUCCCUUGCGGCUACUCCUGCACCAGCAGGCACGUCUGCCGCCAAGGUUGACGCGGUGAAUGCUGCGGCUAACCGCGCUGGUCCGUCCGCCCCAAAGGCGAACGCGCUCAGGGAGAUGCUCAGCCGCAUGGAGACCCAUCGACAGGACGUGCAGCAGCCUCCCGUGGUCGUGCCCCACCUACCGCGCCUAUCAUCGCCGCCCGUCCUCCUGUGGACCCAAAGUCCGCGUUGCUUCGCGCCCGGUUAG